AUGGAGCUUGUGAGGACCAGCACAGAGAUGGCAUUGCUCAGCAAUAUCCUAGCAGCGUACUCAUUUAUCACAGAAAAUCCUGAGCGUGCUGCUCUGUAUUUUGUAUCUGGCAUUUGUGUUGGACUCCUCUUGACCUUGCUGGCUUUAGUGCUCCAAAUCUCCUGCCAAACUGAUUGUAAACCAACAAAGAAGCCAGCGCAGGACACUGACAGAGAUAGCAGUGGUAUUGACAGUGACUCAGACACCAUAUCCGACCUCUCUACACGGUGGCAUCACAGGUUUGAAAGGACUUUGAACAGGAAUGUCUUUACCUCAGCUGAGGAGCUAGAGAGAGCUCAAAGACUGGAAGAAAGAGAGUGCAUCAUCCGGGAAAUAUGGAUGAAUGGACAGCCAGAUAUUUCGGGAACCAGAAGCCUAAAUCGUUACUACUAAUGGCAGUAAAUAUAUCUGAUUAAUAUUGCAGCUUGGUUUCUUCUAAGCCUCUUAAGAAGGGUGUUGAAUUGGGAGAAGGAAGGAAUGGGCCUUAUCAAGGUUUUCUGUCUUAUGUUUUCUGAAGGUAGACUGACAUCGAGUAUUUCAACCACCCCCUUUAUCCUAUUCUUCCCAGGUUAAUUAGCACC